CUCUGUCCGACCAGAGCACCACAGAGGAGCCAAACAGCCGGAGGACAGAUGUCUCGACCAUGAGAGUCUUCAUCUGCUUUGCGGGCUCCUGUGAACCUUUGGACGUUCCCCCAGAUCAGACUGUGGGGGCCAUGAAGCAGAUGGUGAAGGAUAACUUUCUGGUGCAACUCUCAGAUGACAAACAGCAGCAGUAUCUGGAGCUGAGCUACGGCGGUGCAGUGCUGCAGGACAGCUGGGCUCUGUGCGACGUGGGCAUCACAAGUGGCAGUGCCAUCCGAUGCCUGAUAAAGAGUGAACAAAGGCCUGUGAUGCUCGUGUUCAAUGCUGUGACAGGAGAAACCUUACCAAUUAUGGGAAGUGAGGCUCUUCUGCAUGUGUCUGUUGCAAGACUGAAAACUGUGGUGUCCAUGCAGAGUGGGCUCCCUGUCAGCGCCUUCAGACUGAGCACACCUGCUGGUGUGCAACUCUACGACUGCAACCAACUGCAAGACUACGCCAUUGAAGUGGGCACUACUCUCCGUUUGGACACAUGGGAUGGAUGGGUGGAGUUCCUCCAGGGUUGCCUCCUGGGCCACAGAUCGACAGUCCAGAGCCACCUAUCAGAGAAGAAGCCAGUAAUGAGGUUUCAGCUGCAGGUAGCGCUCCAUAUCGCUGCCUCCUUAGGGCACCUGGAUCUGGCAGGCUGGUUGCUGGAAAGGGGGGCACAUGCUGAGGAACCAGUAGGAGUCCAUCCGUACCGCCAGUGGUGCCAUCAAACUGCCCACCAAGACACUAGAAAGUGUCCCAUCCACAUUGCUGCAGAGAGCAGCCAGCUCCUCAUCCUCAAACUCUUCAUCACAAACAACCUUUUGACCCUGGCUUGUCGAGACCCUGGAGGUCGUGACACUUUGAAAGUUGCUAUUCAGCGUGGUCACAGGGAUUGUGUGCGCUACUUAGCCAACAAGCUGUGCUCAGUGGUAUCCCUGCCAAACGUGUCACUGCCCAUGCGUAUCUACCUCCAGAUAAAGCGCUGGGUGAGUUUAGGGCAGAAAAAGGCAGCCUCCAAUCGAGGCCAGUACACCAGUGCUGCCUUCAAAGCCAGGGUGGGGGAUACGCUGCUGGUGGACGGCUUCAACCAGCCAAACAUGUGUUCCAAAUCCAGGAAAGCUGUGACCAAACCAAGCAGAAGAAAUGAGGCCAAAGCUUUGCAGCCCUUACCUCCCACCAACAACUUACUCUCAGCACCUCACCUCCCCAGCCUGCAGGCAGUGAACCCUGCUGACUGUAAAGAGAUGCACAAUAGCUGGAAACAAGAUGUUAAAAAUAGAGAAGAAGGCCUAUUGAAUGAAAUCAGAAAGGACGACAGCAGCUUAUUCAGGAGCAAGUUCAUACUCCCACCAAUCAGAGAAGGCAUUCCGAAGCAGGUGUUUAUUGGUGCAUCACCAACAUCUUACCAUAUUCUGAUUGGGUCUCUGAAGUCCUCCUCUCAGCACGGUGGCCGAACACCAAGAGAAAAUGCCAUAUACUGCUGGACUAUAGCCAGUGCCUUCACAGAGAAGCCUUGGUUGAAGCAGCUGAGCAUAGCACGGACCCUGAUCAGGAAGCGUGUCCACACCAUGGCCUGAUACUCUCAUCCAGAUCUCAGCCCAACUGCUCGUUGAUCUCCUAUCGGCUGCCUGAAGAACUGUUGACGAUGAAGAGUCCUUCAGAGUGACAACUGAGGAGUGUAUCUCAGGCUAACUGACAUUAAACUCCUCUGUCUUUAUGUGCUCAGUUGAAUCUCUGCCUUUUAUUGCUUUUAGCAGAAGGAGAGACAGACAUCAAGGAUAUAAACAUGUAGUGAUUAUUUUUUACAACAAGCUGAAGGGUAAAUGGAUGAAAUUUUUAUAUUUGACAAAAGUCCAAGUAAGGACUGACUUGCCUUUAGUUGAAACUCAAGAGCACUAACACACUGCAUCCUCUGCCCUCACUAUGUGCGUAGGUGGGCAGCUAUGCAGCAAGCUAAACACAUUUCCAGUAAAGGUUUUAGUGGAAGCAAUUUGUGAGACUGGGAAUAUUGAUUUCAAAUAAAAAAAAUGCUGAGAUUACAUAAACAAGAGUUUGACCAAAGGUGUUGUAAAAAUAAUCUGACCUACAAACACUCUGACUUUGUGGAAACCACCUUCACUGUGCAGCCUUUCUCUUUAAACAGAACUGAAGUUGGUACAGCCUGAGCUUUCUUUCUUUCUUUCUUUCUUUCGUUCUUUCAUUCUUUCUUUCGUUCUUUCUUGUCUCGUGACUCAUCUGUCUGCUGUCACUCAUUUUAUGGGGACUUCAUGUGUUGUGGGAAAUAUAAUCAGAAAAAUGAUGUCAGUGUCAUUGCAAGGUUUGAGACUGUACAGAUAUGAAUUAAACAGGGGUUUAGAGCAUGGAGUAAAAGAUGAUCAAUUGUAGUAUGCUGUUGUUGGCAUGAAUAAUUUAGAUUAUUUUGCAUUUUUGUUAAUUAAAGUGACAG